CACUCAUCUACCUUCUUAUCUUUUCUAAGCCUGUUUAUGUGAUUGUGAUGGCAUGUUUGAUUUGGUGAAUGAUAUCGUGCUGGAUUUGAGGGGUGAGAAUAAAUCAUGUUAAUUUUAUGGGGAGUCUAUCAUUUGAUCUUUCAAGAGAAUAUAUUAACAUGUCCACAUGUGAGAUUCUAAUUUACACUUCAUAUACAAACAUGAAUAUGUGUGGUUGCAUAUAAUUUAUGGUAGAUAAAAUGUUGAUAUAGUGUAUCUGAAUUAUUUUGUAAUUUUAUGACCACUAGGAUAAUGGAAGAUCAUAGUUGGAUGUACACGGGGCAUAGAGGGCGAGGAGAUUAUACUACUGAAUGGAUAGAGAAAACUGAACAGUUUGUAGAUUAUGUGUUUGGUAGAGCAAGUGGUGAGGAUGUCCCAUGCCCAUGCAAUUUUUGUGGUAACACACGGCCACAAAUAAGGAUGACAAUGAUUAAACACUUGUGCAAGUUUGGAUUUAGACUAGACUAUACAGUGUGGGUCUACCAUGGUGAAGAGCACCCAACUAGAUCUGAGGUGCUGAGGCAGCGCAUCGAUGAUCAUGAGUUUGAUAAUGAUCGAAUAGAUGACAUGGUCAACGAUGUCCGUGAUGCACAUGGACCAUCUAUAGAGGAAGAACCUGAGCCUGUAGCCCGUGAUUUCUUUCAAAUGUUAUCUGCAGCAAGCCAGCCUCUCCAUGAACACACACAAGUCUACCUACUUGAUGCUAUCACCCGUCUACUUGCAGUCAAGUCUCAAUUCAGCACAAGCAUUGCAUGCUUUGAUGCUUUCUUGAGUGUUAUCUUCACCCUUCUCCCACAUGGCCAUAGACUUCCCCGUAACUUAUAUGAGGCAAAGAAAUUACUAAGUGCCCUUAGUAUGCCAUCUGAGAAGAUAGAUGCUUGCCCCAAUAACUGUAUGCUGUUUAGGAAGGAGAAUGAGAACAAGAAUUAUUGUGAUAAAUGUGGUGAGUCUAGGUAUAUUGAAGUUCAAGGAAGUGAUGGUCUAAAGAGGCAGCUCACUGUGGCCAGGAAAGUGCUGCGCUAUCUACCAGUCAUAUCACGGCUUCAACGUCUGUACAUGUCAGAAGGUUUAGCCAAACAAAUGACAUGGCACAAGUAUGGCCAUCGCUACCAUCCAGAUAAGCUAGUCCACCCAUCUGACGGUGAAGCAUGGAAGAAAUAUGACCGGCAUUUUCCAGAGUUUGCUGCUGACCCUAGAAAUGUUCAGCUUGCAAUUGCAACAGAUGGAUUCAACCCAUUUGGUAUGGGUGCAUCACCUUACUCUUGCUGGCUUGUGUUUGUAAUCCCACUCAACCUCCCACCUGGUGUUAUCAUGCAAAAGCACAACAUUUUCCUCAGUUUAGUAAUCCCUGGACCCAAAUACCCUGGAAAGAACAUUAAUGUAUUUAUGCAGCCCCUAGUAAAUGACUUGAAUGUAGCUUCCGAGCAAGGCGUACUUACAUAUGAUCGGGCAUCAAAGCAAAAUUUCACAAUGCGUGCAACAUAUCUAUACUCCCUCCAUGAUUUUCCCGGCUAUGGCAUUUUUUGUGGGUGGUGCGUGCAUGGAGAAAUGCCCUGUCCAGUUUUCAUGGAUAGUGUAAAAUGCAUAUGGUUGAAGUCUGGUCACAAGUGGUCCUUCUUUGAUUCCCAUCGACAGUUUCUUCCAUUGGAUCAUGAGUUUAGGUCUGAUACGGAGGGCUUUCGGGCAAAUGUUUCUGUCCACAACGAAGCAUCUCCUCGCCUAACAGGAGAGGAAAAACGUGCACAAUUUGAAGCCCUUGACCCCCUUGCUGAUGGUAAUGGGUUCAAGGAAUAUGGCGAUCAACACAAUUGGACCCACAUUGUAGGCCUAUGGCAGUUAUCAUACUUUGAUAAGCUUCUUCUUCCGCACAACAUAGAUGUAAUGCACAAUGAGAAGAAUGUCAUGGAGGCCAUAUUUAACACAUUCUUUGACCUUCCUGACAAGACCAAGGACAAUGUUAAGGCUCAUAUUGAUCAAGCUGAACUUUGCAAUAGACCACAUCUCAACAUGAUUUACAAACCCUCUACCGGAAAAUGGGAGAAGCCACAAGCAGAUUUUUGCUUGAGUAGACCCCAACGGAAGGAAAUACUAGAGUGGUUUCAGACCCUAAAGUUUCCUGAUGGGUAUGCAGCAAAUUUGAGGAGAGGAGUGAACCUGAGUACCAUGCGCAUCAAUGGGUUAAAGAGUCAUGACUAUCACACAAUGAUGGAAUGCCUAUUACCUGUCAUGUUUCGAGGGUAUGUUACGGAUAAUGUUUGGGAAGUGAUGGCAGAGUUGAGCCUCUUCUAUCGUUAGCUAUGUGCGAAAGAGCUAGACCCCAUUGUGUUGGAAAGCAUGGAGCGUGAAGCACCUAUUUUACUUUGUAAGUUAGAGAAGAUCUUUCCUCCAGGGUUCUUUAAUCCAAUGCAGCACCUAAUUCUUCAUCUCCCAUAUGAAGCAAGGAUGGGUGGACCAGUACAAUAUCGUUGGAUGUAUCGAAUUGAGAAUUGUCAAAAAGACCUUAGAAGCAAAGUAAAAAACAAAUCUCAUGUUGAAGCGGGUAUUGUAGAGGCAGAAACUCUUGAAGAAAUCUCAAACUUCUCAUCCAUCUACUUCACUGACCAUGUCCCCACGGUUCAUAAUCUAAUCCCAAGAUACAAUGUGGAUGUCGAGUCUGAUUGUGAACUCAGCCUCUUCAAAUCAAGGGGUGACACCACUUGUAAGGCAGGAAGACGGGAAUUGACAGAGAAAGAGUGGCAGACUGCUAUGCUAUAUGUCCUCACCAAUCUUCAUGAGGUUGAUGACUAUGUUGGGCAAUUCAAGGAUGAACAAUGGAAGAGACAUGGUGAUCCAACUAGGAGACAACUUGAGAAUUUACUAAGGAAUGGUGCUGGGCGUGGCCGUCCUAAUUUUGUUUCUUGGUUCUAUCAGCUAAGCUUGAGGGACAUGUCCAUGAGUGCUGACUUGAAGCAAGUAGCAAAAGGAUACCACCAAUGGGUGAAAACAUAUAGUACCUAUGAUGUAAAUGGUUACCGGUUUCGAACAGACAAACAUGAGAAGGAAAGGCCUAAUGCAACUACCAUAAAUAGUGGCUUGGUGACUAUUGGUCAAGACAACGAUGGUACAACAAUUGAGUACUAUGGAUUUAUCAAAGAUAUCAUUGAACUCAGUUUUGAAGGCCGUAUAUCCUUGUCUCUUGUCUUGUUCGAUUGUCAUUGGUUCCAUCCAAGAAAUGGAGUUAUACGAAUGUCGCAGUAUGGGUUGGUAGAGGUUGCACAUGGGACUAUAAAUCCAGGUUUUGAGCCAUUUGUUGUAGCUCAACAAGCCACCCAGGUGUACUACAUCCCUUACCCAUGCAAAUCUAUACCAAUUCUUGCGAACUGGUGGGUGGUAUAUAAGGUUAAUGCACCGGGUAAACUACCCUCCCCUUCUGAGCAGGACUAUGAUA